CCCCAGCGCCGGCCCCAGCCCCCGCCGCCCGCGGGCCGCCGCGCCGCCCCGCAUUGUCCGGGCGGCAGCGGCAGGAUGCGGGGCCCCGCACGGCCGCCCGCCGCCGGGCUGCGCUGAGGGCCCGCCGGCAUGAGGAGGUCUGUCGAAGAUGCACUGGUCACCAGAGCAUGCCCAGUCCCUGAACCAGUGGCCAGAGCAGCACCUUGACGUCUCCUCCACCACCUCCUCGCCGGCCCACAAGUCCGAGCUCUACCCCAGCACCCGCCAGCGCUUCAACUACGCCUGGGCCAACGACGACAUCUCGGCGCUCACCGCCUCCAACCUGCUCAAGAGGUACGCCGAGAAGUACUCAGGGGUGCUGGACGCGCCCUAUGAGCGCCCGGUGCUGAGCGGCUACGGGGAUGGAGCCUUCGGGCCGGUUAACGGGCAGAAGGGGGACGGGGAGCCCUGGCCGGUGGCGCACGGCUCUGAUGGCACCUACCCCCUGACCCCCAUCCACGAUGGCCUCCCCGGCGCCAAGGGGGUGGUGCCGCCCGCCGUCCCCCCGAGUGGUGGGGCCAUCGGGCUCGGGGGCUCCCCCGUGGUGUCCGCCAACCUCGCCGACCCCAUCUACCCCGGGAACUCCUGUGGAGGAGCCACCACCGGCUCCGGCGGGCUUGGGUCGUCUCAGGAGUACCCCUCAGGCUACAGCGGCACCUACUUGCCCUCCGGCUACUGCACCCAGCCGGCAGCAGCGCUGCCCCCCCCGCACCCUCCCGCCCUCCAUGGCUCGGGGCUCCUGCAGCCCCCGCACCCCUCGCCCGCCCUGGUGCCCGGCUACGGCUCCUCCGGCCCCAUGUACAACUACGCGGCCGGCAGCUACCCCCCACAGCCGGGAUACGGCACCAUCCACCCCCCGCAUCCCUCCGCAUCCUACCUGCCCUCCGGCAUCGCGGCGCCCACCCCCAUCCCGGCCCCGCCGCCCGCCACCCGCCCGCCUGGUGUCCCCGGCUACGGCUACCAGGGUGCCGGCUUGGCCCCCCUGUCCGUGCCGCCCCUCGGCACUGAGGCGGCGGGUGCCUUGAAGAGGAAGGCUUUCGACAUCUCCGGUGGGGAGGACGAGGGGGAGGGCAGGUAUAGGAAAUACAGCUACGAGCAGCCAAAGUCCCCCUACGCCAUGUCGGACAACGGCGAGUGCCGGGGCAACGGCUUCGGCAGCAGCGCCGAGUCCCCCCAGGUGGCCUUCAAGCCCGGGAAGCGGCCGGCGGGAGCCGGCAACGCCGAGGAGCACACCGGCAAGUACGGCGGGCAGCCGAUGAAGAGUGUGGUCUCGCCGCCUUACAGCACCGGGGACGCGCCGCUGCGGCCGGCAGAGCCCUUCGAGAAGUUCAGCCCCCCCCUUGCCAACGGGGAGCGGGUGGCUGAGCCGGGUCCCCCCUUCCCACUGCGGCUGCCCCCCAAAGCGCCGCUCUUCGGCAGCCCGUCGGUGGAGGAGCAACCCAAGAACGUCGACCCCCUGGUCUUGGAGCUGGUGAACACCAAGAUCGUGGAGCGGGGGCCGCCCGUGCAGUGGACAGACAUCGCCGGGCAGGUCUCUGUGAAGGCCGCCAUCGAGGAGGAGCUGGUGUGGCCCAUCCUGCGUCCCGGCGCCUACACCGGGGCGAGCCGCGCGCCCCGGACCGUCCUGCUGUUCGGUCCCCGCGGCACGGGGAAGACGCUACUGAGCCGGUGCAUCUCCACCCAGCUGGGCUCCACCUUGCUGAAGCUCAGCGGGACAACCCUGCUCUCCACCUGGAAAGCCGAAGCCGAGAAGAUCCUGCAGACCGUCUUCUUCGUGGCCAGCUGCCGGCAGCCCGCCGUCGUGCUCAUCACCGAGGCCGAGUCCUUGCUGGUGGCCCGGGCCGGCGAGGACGGCGGCCAAGUGAGCAACCUCAAGUCCCAGCUCCUCUCCUACCUGGACAACGUGUCUACCUCAUCCGAGCAGAACUUGGUCAUCAUCGGGACCACCUCCCGGCCCGGCAGCAUGGAUGAAGCUUCUCACCGGCGCUUCGCCAAGCGGUUCUACAUCUCCCUGCCGGACAGCAUCGCCCGGCGGCAGAUCCUGCACCAGGCCCUGCUCCAGCAGAGCUCCUGCCUCAGCGAGCGGGAGAUGGCGUCCCUGGUGCAGCGCACCGAGCGCUUCUCGGGCGGCGAGCUGGUGCAGCUGUGCCAGCAGGCCGGGGCGGCCGCGCUGCGCGGGCUGCCGGGCCAGCUCCAGCCCACCUCCUACCAGGACUUCGAGAGGGCGUUCUGCAAGGUGCGCCCGGCCGCCGCGCGCAAGGAGCUGGACCUGCUCCUGGAGUGGGACAAGAUGUACGGCACCCGGCACUGACGGACCCUCCGCCGGCUGUCGGGCCGCGGCCGCCGAGGUUCGGAGGCGCCGGGCUGGGCCGGCAGGGGCUCCGGUUCGCCCGCUCCCCCCGGCAGCGCCACAUACCUCAUCUCCGCUAUUCCGGACUCUUUUCCUCCUCUCGGUUUCUCGGCAGCCGUCGCCCGCUGAACUCAGGAUGAAUAACCUAUUUAUUAUUUCCCCGUCCAUCCGUCCCCAGACCAGCGAGCGGGGUCGGAGGCGCCUCAGGAUCCGGCUUCGGAUGCACGAGCUCCCCGUCUACCCAGAGGCUCCAUUAUUAUUAUUGGUUUUAAUUGCUUUUGUUGUUCCUAACACAAAUACCUCGGGCGUCUCACGCAGAGCUGCCCCCUCGCACGGGCACGAGCGACGUCCUCGAUCAGGGCGGGGGGACACAAACCCAGGGGAUUUUGGAGUAAAAUGCUGUAGAUUGUUUAAUAUACUAGACUUUGGUUUUAUUUUUGUAACUAUGUAGUAUUUUUUUUUUGUGGUUUUUGUUUCUUUUUAACUACUCAGGAAAAGAAUUACCUCAGAAAAAGAAAAAGAAUGUGUUUUUAAUAACUCUUUUUAUCUUCUCAACAAAGGAAAAAGAGAUUUGUCCUGGGACAAAGCCGCCUCGUGUUUUUGCUUCCAAAAAGGGUGACGGGAAGAAGAAAGAAAAGUAAAACAAACAAAACUUGAAGCUGUUACAAAGAUGAAAGUUGAAUGUAUUUUGGGUGCUUUUCACGUAUAUUAUGCCAUAAUUUUAUUUGAUUUCUUGUUUUUUUUUUGUUUAACAUGGUUAUUGUAGCGUUUGGUGGAGUAACGUGUCUGCAACAGAAAGGGUGGUAGUGCUGUAGUUCGGAAGCCGCCGCUGGCACCACUUUUUGGAUCAGGCUGGUCCAGCAUCCUCCAGCAUCUCCCAGCGCAUCCCGGAUGGGGCCGGGGGGGCGGGGGGGAUCCUCCCGGUGCCCGUUUUGCACGGGGAAUGGGGUGACAGAAGAGGACCCGCAGGGCUGAGCGGGUGCUGCAGGGUUUCACCCCCACCUUCCUCAAUGCAAAACUGCAAGAGCAAGACCCCCCCCUUCACCCCCCCGACACCCCCCCUUCCUUCUCAUCACCGCAUAGGGUUGCUUUUAUUUCCCAAUUAAAUAAACUAUUACUUUGUUUUUAGAGCUCUAUGUUGUACCGGGGGAGGCAACUGCUCCAGGGUCACCCCCCAGCCCCAGAGCAGCCCCCCCAGAACCUCAGGGUCUACGCAGGCAGAGAGGACACAACCCCCCCAGGGUCCCCCCCAUGAUGGGAGGAGCCGCCUGCCCACUUUGGGCCAUUUUCCCCAUUAAUUUGCGACUCCGCGGUGCAGCGUGCGGGCAGCAAAGGGCAUUAGCGGGGUAGACGUCUCCCCCCUACCCGCUUCCUCCAAAAAGUGGUACUGGAUUCCUGAAGCCUUUUUAUUAUUAUUAUAAUUAUAAUUAUCAUAUUUGACUUUGUACACUCUCUGUAACCAUUUCUACCUCAUUUUGCAACAUAUUGUACAUGAAAGUAUUUAAUUCAUGUCUUAUUAAUGUCUGAGAAAGAAAAGAAAGAUGCUUUUGAGCUGUAAUGGUCUACCUCAAGAAAUGCUGUAUUUUAAAAAGAAAAUAUUACACAGUAUUAAAGAGAUUACCUGAA